CGGUGAACAUGAAGGAACAAUACCGGGAAACGCUCUUGUUGUUGACCCAAAGAGGCAAUUUCGACCAUUGACUAAAUUUGGUAAUAACUUUUUAAAUCGCUUUCAAUGCUCCCUUUUGCCCAAUCCGGUCUUGGACAGCGUUACACUCGUCGAUACACCUGGGAUCCUUAGUGGUGAGAAGCAGAGACUUGACAGAGGCUAUGAUUUUACUGGUGUUAUUGAAUGGUUCGCGGACAGAGUAGAUAGAAUUAUUCUUCUCUUUGACGCCCACAAAUUAGACAUAUCCGAUGAAUUUAAACGGGCAAUAGAGACUCUUAAGGGCAACGAGGAUAAGAUUCGUAUUGUGCUUAACAAAGCUGAUAUGGUAGAUUCCCAACAAUUGAUGCGCGUCUAUGGUGCACUAAUGUGGAGUCUCGGCAAAAUAUUAUACACGCCUGAGGUUGCUCGGGUCUAUAUCGGAACCUUUUGGGACAAACCUCUUCAUUUUGAUACAAACAGAAAGUUGUUCGAACUUGAAGAACUUGAUCUGUUUAAGGAUUUAAGAACACUUCCUGGUAAUGCCGCACUUCGCAAACUUAAUGAUCUUAUAAGACGUGCAAGACUUGCUAAGGUGAGCCCUGCCGUUUACCUAUAUUUUUUGCUACAACUAUUAACAUUGUCAUUAUUCUGA